GGACUGACUAACGUAGAUAUCGAUAAGUUAGCGCUGCACUGGAAACAUCACGCAGGAGAGGAACCUUUAAGCGAAGGACUGAAUAACGUAGAUAUAGACAAGUUACCGCUGCACUGGAAACAUCACGCAUGGGAGGAACCUUUAAGAAAUGAUGUAAAAUGGUUCUUCAACCUCUUGGCAGCUUAUAACCAGCAAAAGCAUAAUAUUCUGGAGUUUCUUUCAAAAUCAAAUUUUGAAGAAGAAACGAUACGUUGUCCAGAUAGUAUGGAUGAUACAGACUUUGAUGAUUUUGCAAGAGAAUGUUUAGAAACAACCUUCGAGAUCCCAUCUUCCUGGACUGAAACCACAAUAAAACAAAAGCUGUAUGACUGUGUUAAAAAGUGUAUAAAAAAGAAAUGGACUUUGGUAAAGAUGGGUCCUGUUCUUAAGGAACACAAUAGAUUGAAAUUGGAGGUGCAGAAUCUUAAAGAAAAAAAUUUAAAACUUCAAAAAUUGCGGGCAAAAGAACAAGAACGCACUAAACUUCAAAAGAAAAUGAGUAAAAAAGAUUUGAAACGCGUUUGUGAUGAGGUAGAACAAGAAAGAGAAAAGGUCAAAGACCUCGAGUGUCAGCUCACACAGAUCGGGAAAGAGAAAGAGCAUCUCUUAACUCGGCUUACCAAAAUAGCUGGAUCCAAAUUGACCUCUUACAACCCUGAUAUUGCUGACUUGAAUGAUGAUAACCGACCGACCAAGCUGGCAGAAAAAUUCGGUCUGUUGUUUGACGACGCAUGGACAGAUUCUGUGGAGGAGUUGACGGGAGGGGAAUUAAGGCUGGAUGACAGAGCUGCAAUUGGCUUUUUACUGCGCAUUGUCAUGACAGCCUACAACUUUUGUUCUGGCUCUCGUUCCAUGUUUCUUGACCUAACAGAUUGUCAAACCAUAAUGACCUGUAAAGACACUGGAGAAAUGAAAGUUGUAACCAAACUUCCCGAAGCGAUGGUGCCGGACAUCCAACAGGCACUUAAAACGUGUUUACGCGCUAAAGAAACAACUUUGAUUUCUGAGAUGCAAGAGAAAUUUGCUGACACCUUACACGGUAUCUUAAGUGAUAUAACUACUAGAGUGAAGAGUUCAGUAUCACACGAACAUACUAUGAAUCCAUUCGAAGACAAUGUCAGAAGAAACAACCCCCCAGACUAUUGUUUGCAUGACGUUAGUACAGCACAUUUGCAAAGCAAAGGAAAUGAAGAUAAUUUACAAACGACUAAAAAAUCAAAAAAGAGACGAAAAAAAGUAGCCUACUCAGAAAAUGCUGAUUCCUCACAACCAUGUAAUGAACAGUAUUCUGGAGACAGAUGUUCGCUGACGAAAAAACAAUUUUGUGGACAGAUGGGUGCCCCUUCUUUCUUUCAGACAAUUUCAUCGUCCCAGUUUACAAAAACGACUCACUUUGCCGAGCGCUGUGUGGAGUUGUGUUGGUUCAUGCAGAUAACACAGCCACCAAUACAUCUAAGUACCCGUUUUCCGGCCGACGGAAUGAAAAACAAUGAUAUAUUUAGAGCGUACAUGAAAUCAGGGAAGGAAGUGGAUUACAUUGUAUGGCCUGUUAUGUAUUUGUAUGAAAACGGACCUGUGUUAAAUAAAGGUAUUGCGCAACCGAAGUGAAUUGAUAACAGAAAAAAGCAUGCAUGAUUUUUUUCAUGUUAAACAAUUGUUUAACAUAUAAGAACACCACUCAUCACUAAAUUGAGAAAAAGGUUAUAAAUGCAUAACGUCUUUUUCGUUAAUAUUCAUGUAAUCUAAUAAAAUGACAUCCAUAAUUUGUAAAAAAAAAAAAGCAAAAAAAAAAAAAAUGGUUAUCGUAACAGAAUAGUUUCUACAGACCCUUCUGUUGAUAGAAAUAGUUUACACUUAGUUUUGAAUUAGCAAUUCCGGUAGUCAUCAUUUAAAUUAGUUUUUAGCAAUUUGCGAUACCAACCUGGACUAAGAACUUUAAAGUCAGAACAUUAUUAUUCCUUUAACUUUACAUACAUGUAUGUUACAAUAAAUGACAAUAAGAUCUAGAUGCAUUCCAUUUUUUUCUGAAACGCUCUGAAUUAUUAAUGUGAAAAAUAAAGAUAGAAAAAAAGGUUUGUCAUUGUUUAGUUACUUAAAAAACGUCACAAUUGAAAAGUGUUACUUUCUAAUUUUGUAAACUACUAAACUCACGUUUUAAUACUGAUUCAAUAAUCCAUUUAAUUUUGGAAUAAACUAGUUUAGAUUGCUUUGCAGUGCUUUCCAUGUGUAGGUUAGUUUCUUUAACCAAAUGAAUUUUAAAAUUAUUAAAAAGGUACAUUUGACACUUGACUGUACAGUAUUUUUAAAUGUUUGCAAUGUGAUGAAGUUGAUGUAAAUAUAAUAUUGUGUAGAUAAAUUUUACGUUGUUAGAUAUUGAAAUUUGAUUUAUCUUUAAAUAGAUUAUUUUUUUUCUAAUAAACAUUCAGAAACCUUCGUUGUUGCUAUAAUAAAAUCCAUUAAAUACUUGAAUGAUUUAUCAGCAUACGUAU